AUGGCUGCUAAGAGAUCUAUUACACAGCUCGGCUGUUCUAAGAUCUACUGUCUUUUUCUUCCUCUGCUCUUGUCUUUGCUGAUUUGGACUCCUUCGAUCUCCUUUGCUGCUACUAACCCUGAUGAUGUUGCUGCAAUUAAUGGCUUAUUCGCUGCGCUUGGCGCACCUGUUCUUCCCGGUUGGAUUGCUUCUGGUGGAGACCCAUGUGGUGAAGCUUGGCAAGGCAUUAUCUGCAACGUUUCAGAUAUAAUAAGCAUAACUGUGAAUGCGGCGAAUUUGGGAGGAGAGCUUGGUGACAACUUAGCUAAGUUCACUUCUAUCAGGGGAAUAGACUUUAGCAACAAUCGCAUUGGAGGAAGCAUACCUUCUAAUUUGCCAGUUACAUUGCAGCAUUUUUUUCUUUCAGCUAAUCUAUUCACUGGAACCAUCCCGGAAUCUUUAGGAACAUUGAGUUUUCUGAAUGACAUGUCGUUGAACGAUAACCUUCUCUCAGGAGAGAUACCUGAUGUGUUUCAAAACCUUGUUGGUCUGAUUAAUCUAGAUAUAUCAACUAACAAUCUAAGCGGCACAUUGCCUCCUUCAAUGGAGAAUUUAUCAACUCUUACAACAUUACGUGUUCAGAACAAUCAGCUCUCGGGAACUCUAGACGUUCUUCAAGGCCUUCCUCUUCAGGACUUAAACAUAGAGAAUAACCUCUUCUCUGGACCCAUUCCGGACAAACUGCUAGGCAUUCCGACAUUCCUAAAGGAAGGAAACCUGUUCAAUUCCACUACCACGAUUGCACCAUCAUUGUCUCCGUCCAUAUCUCCAACAAAACCAGCUCCGACGCGGCCAUUCUCCGGAGCUCCACCACCUCCUGCAACCGAGAGGAACCGAGGGAAAGCUGCUGAUGGACCUCCUGCUUCAGAAGGAUCAAGCUCCGACGAUUCGAAAGGGAAAAAGAGCUCUUCGAAUACUAAACGGAUAGUCCUCAUAGCAUUCGCUGGCGUCCUCGUCUUCAUAAUUCUUGUUUUGGCUAUACUCUUGCUGCUGCCAAAAUGUGCAAGACGAAGAAGGGAACAAAGUAAUAGAGUCUUUAAACGGCAUCAAGUCGGUGCUGACAGAGGAAACAGAGAGAAUGCUCUAGAGAACGGUCCUCCCGUACUGCCACCGCCUGUACGAUCUGAAAAAGUACCAUUCACGAAAGCUGGAGAGGAACCAAAGGUUUUGCAUGACCUUGACCGGUUGAAAAGACCUGCGCCGCCUCCUAUAUCACGACAGGAAAGUCAAGACAUCGACUUUUCGAUGCUGAUGCCUCCGCCGCCUCCUCCUCCGCCGCCACCGCCACCUCCUCCUAUGGCUGAGAAAGUCACCGUUAUGCCGAUAAAAUCUCCCGAAAGAACCUUUAAGAAGCCUUCCCCUAAAACACGCUUACCCUUAACUUCUGUGAAGCACUAUUCCAUUGCAUCUCUUCAACAGUACACAGAGAGCUUCUCUCAGGAAAAUCUCCUUGGCUCAGGCAUGCUCGGGAGCGUUUAUAGAGCUCGGCUUCCUAAUGGAAAGCUGUUUGCUGUCAAGAAGUUAGACAAGAGGGCUUCUGAACAACAAGAGGAUCAUGAAUUCAUCGAACUAGUGAACGAUAUAGAUAGGAUUCGCCAUGCCAAUAUCGUCGAGCUUGUGGGUUACUGUGCUGAGCACGACCAAAGACUAUUGAUCUACGAGUACUGCAGCAACGGUACACUACAAGACGGGUUGCAUUCGGACGAUGAAUUCAAGAAGCAACUCUCAUGGAACACUCGUGUCAGAAUGGCACUUGGAGCUGCUAGAGCCCUUGAGUACUUGCAUGAGGUGUGUGAACCACCCAUCGUACACAGAAACUUCAAAUCAGCCAAUGUCCUACUCGACGAUGAUCUGAGUGUUCUUGUCUCAGACUGUGGUUUGGCCCCAUUAAUAUCAUCAGGCUCUGUGAGUCAGUUAUCAGGACAAUUGCUAGCGGCUUACGGAUAUGGAGCUCCAGAAUUUGACUCAGGAAUCUAUACAUGGCAGAGUGAUGUAUACAGUUUUGGCGUCGUUAUGUUAGAACUCUUGACGGGAAGAAUGUCCUACGACAGGGACCGGAGUAGAGGAGAGCAGUUCUUAGUGAGGUGGGCGAUCCCACAGCUUCAUGAUAUCGAUGCCUUAGGCAAAAUGGUUGAUCCAUCUCUUAACGGACAGUACCCUGCAAAGUCAUUGUCACACUUUGCUGAUAUAAUUUCCCGGUGUGUUCAGUCUGAACCAGAAUUCAGACCGUUGAUGUCUGAAGUAGUUCAGGAUCUUCUAGAUAUGAUCAGAAGAGAGCGUCAUGGUUCAGGGGAGCCUACCGCAGACUAG